AUGUCUAGCAAAAAAACAAAGUUAUCAGGAUGUCAAUACAAGCAACGCCAAAAAAGAAAGGAAGAAGCUUUGAAAAAAAUUACUUCUUCUAUUACAAGCUUCUUACAGCCACAGUCUUCAUUAAGCAGUGGUCAAGAUUCCCUUUGCACUGAUGCAUCAAUAUCAAGCAAAGAGUUAAGGUCCAGUGUCAUAGACAUUUCACAUAGGGGAGAAGGAGAAAAAAAUAAACAAUUGGAAGAAUCAGAAUGUGAUAAUGAUCUGGUACCCGUGGAUCCCGAGUGUUGUACUGAGCCAAUAACAACUGGAGAUGUAACUUCAGGUUACAUUGUUUCAGUAGCAGAGCAUUUUGACAUUGAAGAGGAAGAUAUAUCUGAUGUUUCCUCUGAGUCAGACACUGAGUCUAUUGUACUUAUGGAUGAUGAAACUGAAAUGGAACUUGAAGAGCCAUCAACAGCAUCACAUGGAAUCUCAAGUGAUCCUGCUUUCUGGCCUGAAAAUAUAGAUGACCAACACAGAAUAACUUUGAUAAAAAUUGGUCCUGUUCAAGAAAAGGCUUUUACUUUUCCAAAAGAUGAUACCAACAGGAGCUUUUCUAUCUCUUACUACCAAAGAGUACUGGAUAAUGGAGAGAAGAUACCAAGAAAUUGGUUGAUCUAUUCUACAGCUAAUAAUUCGGUCCAGUGUUUUGCUUGCCGGAUAUUCAACAGUGACAAUAUGGCUUUGGCCUCAAAACAAGGCUUUAAUGAUUGGCAGCAUCUGACAAGACAUUUAAGCCGACAUGAAAAAAACACAAUCCAUAUCACAAAUUAUAAGAAAUGGAUGGAUCUUUCAAGAGCUCUGGAAAAGGGAACAACCAUUGAUCAUAUCAAUCAAAAGAUCAUUAAACAAGAAGAGAAACGCUGGUAUUCUGUCAUACAGCGAAUAAUCUACAUUAUCCAAUAUUUAGCAGGACAAAAUCUGGCGCUUCGUGGCUGUGAUGCCCGUUUGUUUCAAAACAAUAAUGGUAACUUCCUGAAAUUGGUUGAAAUGAUAGGGAAAUUUGAUCCCAUCAUAUCUGAACAUAUUCAGAGAAUUCAGUGCUCCAUUUCACAGCAUUCACAAAUGCCACAUUAUCUCGGUUACAAGAUUCAGAAUGAGAUAAUUGCCAUAGUUGGCACAAAAAUAAGAGAAAAAAUUAUACGAAGCCUAAAUGAGUCCAAAUAUUUCUCCAUUAUCCUGGAUUGUACUCCUGAUAUGAGCCACACUGAGCAGAUUAGUAUUGUUGUCCGAUUUUUUGUUCUAGAUCAAAGUGCAAAAAAAAUUGAAGUUCGAGAACACUUCCUUGAUUUUUGUCCAGUAAACAAUACAACAUCUGAAGGACUGACAUCCUUUUUACUGGCCUACCUAAAGAACAAUCACAUUGCAAUUGAGAAUAUGCGUGGCCAAGGCUAUGACAAUGGCGCAAACAUGAAAGGAAAACAUAAUGGUUUGCAGCAAAGAAUACUCAAUAUCAAUCCAAGAGCCUUUUUUGUGCCAUGCAGUGCACAUACUCUCAACUUGGUGGUGAAUGACGCUGCAAAGAUUUCAUUCCUGACAAUAGAUUUCUUUGGCAUUGUUCAAGAACUUUAUGUGUUCUUUGCCUCAUCCACCCAACGGUGGCAAGUACUCAAGGAGCACGUUACAAAUCUAACUUUAAAACCACUCUCCGAAACCAGAUGGGAAAGCAGAGUUGCAGCAAUUAAACCCUUGCGAUAUUUCCUACCUGAGGUAUUUGAUGCACUGUAUGACAUCUCAGAUGAUGACAACAGGGACAUUAACACUAAACAUCAAAAACACACAAACUCCUGCGCACAAGUGGGAUCCUUGAUGAUUGAUCAAAUGUCUACAUAUAGUUCUCUUUGGAUGUCAAGAAAGAACCGUAGUAUCAGAGGCCUUGCUGCCCUUCAUGGAUGGGGGAAUCCUGAUAGAAGACAAAAAAGGGAGAAAGAAAGGCGCACCAGCCUCGUGUACUACCGUUUGGCAAAUUUUAAUGAAAAAUUAGAAUGAUGAAAACUACUCAAACAAAGGAUGAUAAAAGGCUUGUCAAACAAAUUGGAAUACCCCUCAAACCACACUCCAGAAUGUAGAGGGGGGGUGGCGAGG